UUCGGCACUUUAAAUUUUGAAGACGAGUUCCAAAAUCAGAACUACGGGCUGGAUGGACGUCCGCCAUCUUGUGGGCGUGGUUCUGACGUGUGUAGGCCUGGCGUUCUUCCUCAUCGGAGUCAUCACGCCCGUGUGGGUGUCACACCAAGCGGGGAUCUGGCCACCAUGUCACUGGGAUACUCCCGAUGUAGCGAUGGGCACGAAGGGUCUGUGGGAGGUAUGUGCCGAGGGAAAGAAGGGAAAACUCCGGUGUUUUCAUGAAAAGGAACAACCCAGCAGUUCGAAUGGAACGGGACAGCCCGGCACUUCGAAUGGAACGGGACAACCUAGCACCAAAGGAACGGGACAACCCAUGGCCAGCACUUCGAAUGAAACGGGACAGCCCAAUAGCUCGAAUGGAACGGGACAACCCAUGGCCAGUACUUCGAAUGGACCGGGACAGCCCAAUAGCUCGAAUGGAACGGGACAACCCAUGGCCAGUACUUCGAAUGGGCCGGGAGAACCCAGCACCAACGGAACAAGCCAACUCAGCAGCUCGAAUGGAACGGGACAACCCAGCAAGUCGAAUGGAACGGGACAACCUAGAUGCUCUAGAGAACCCAUAUGGACAUACAUAGGCUUGGGGAACCAGACCACGACGUUCCACGUGACGCGGUUCUCGGUGAUGCUGGGUCUGAUGCUCCUCCUGCCCGGCGCCUUCCUGGCAGUGACCGCCGCCUGCCGCGGAGAGCUGGACUCAGAACUAGACGGGCUGGAGAUAUUCACUACGUUAAUCAUUCUGGGAGGUGUGUUCGGUGGUAUCGGCGCCCUGUGCUACACAUGUGACUACUUCCUGACACACACCACCACCCCGCUCGGAGUGUCGUUCUACCUGACCUGGAUACAGACAGCCUUCACCGUGCCGGGCGGCAUUCUCAUCUGGCAGAAGUCCAAAGAUGAACUGGUGUCUGUGUAAGACUAAGGCCGUGUUCAUGUGAAGUCAGUGAAGGCGCUUUACAUGUGGUUUACCCCGAAG